AUGCGGAUGCCCUGGCCGCGCCCCGGCGUGAUCCUCGUCCUGGCCAUGGCUGCCAUCUCCCUGCUGCUCCUGUCUCACGUGUCGCCGCCCGGCUGCCCCGCCCUGGAGAGGCCCGCGGAGCCCCAGGAGGUCGCCACGUGGCCCCCGAACCCUCCGCGCGCGGCCUCCGCCCCGUGCCUGGCCAACCUGUCGGUGGCCGAGCACCCGGACUUCAGCGAGCUGCCCGCGCACGUGCGCGACUUCCUGCUGUACCGACACUGCCGCGACUUCCCGCUGCUGCGGGAGCCGCCGGCCGCCAAGUGCGCGAGGCCCGUGUUCCUGCUGCUCGCCAUCAAGUCGUCGCCGGCCAACUAUGGUCGCCGCCAGGUGCUGCGCCGCACGUGGGCGCAGGAGCGACAGGUGCACGGGGCGCCACUGCGCCGCCUCUUCCUCGUGGGCAGCGACCGCGACCCGCGAGAGGCGCGCAAGUUCAGCCGGCUGCUGGAGCUGGAGGCGCGGGAGUACGGCGACAUCGUGCAGUGGGACUUCCACGACUCCUUCUUCAACCUCACGCUUAAGCAGGUCCUCUUCCUGGAGUGGCAGCGGACUCGCUGCCCCGACGCCAGCUUCGUGCUCAACGGGGACGACGACGUCUUUGCGAACACGGACAACAUGGUCACCUACCUGCAGGGCCGCGACCCGGACCGCCACCUCUUCGUGGGCCACCUGAUCCAGAACGUGGGCCCUAUCCGCUUGCCCUGGAGCAAGUACUUCGUGCCCAAGCUGGUGACUCCGGACGAGAGCUACCCGCCCUACUGUGGCGGCGGCGGCUUCCUGCUAUCGCGCUUCACGGCAGUCGCGCUGUUUCGCGCAGCGCGCGACCUCCCGAUCUUCCCCAUCGACGACGUGUUCCUGGGCAUGUGUCUGCAGCAGCAGGGCCUGGAGCCCGCUUCGCACAACGGGGUGCGCACGGCGGGGGUGCGCGCCCCCAGUCCCCGCCUGUCCUCCUUCGACCCCUGCUUCUACCGGGGGCUGCUCCUCGUGCACCGCUUCCUGCCCUUCGAGACGCUGCUGAUGUGGGACGCGCUGAGCCAGCCCCAGCUCUCCUGCGGCAAGCAGAGCGCGGUCUCCUGA